AUGGCCAACGGGUCUCAAGAGACAUGGAAGGAGAAUCUCAACAAUACGAUGAUCUGUCCCGAGUGCAAAGAGUUCCCUCCGAACCUAAAAGAAGAGUUCUCUUGUGGUGAUAUGGUCUGCGGCUCGUGUGGUUUAGUCCUUGGUGACAGAAUUGUCGAUACUCGCUCGGAGUGGCGAACCUUCUCGAAUGACGAUCAAGGAAACGAUGAUCCUUCUCGUGUUGGAGACGGCGCAAACCCGCUCUUGAACGGUUCUCAGCUGCAGACCUCUAUCGCCUUCAACGAUGGUGCUAAUGGUCGAAGCCGUGAUUUACAUCGAGCUCAGAACAAGGCUACUCACGACAAGUCUACCAAGACUCUCUUGGCCGCUUACAAGGAGCUUGGAGCCUUCUGUGACUCCAUCAAUAUUCCUUCGAAUGUCGCAAAUUAUGCGAAGCAUCUGUUCAAGAAGGUCGACGAUGCCAAAGCUUUCAAAGGCAAAUCCCAGGAUACAAUUAUUGCUGGCUGCAUCUUCAUUGCCUGCCGCCAGCUGGGUGUGCCUCGAACCUUUCGAGAAAUAUUUGCGUUGACCAAAGUCUCCAAGGCGGAAAUUGGAAGGAUCUUUAAGGCUCUUGAGAAGUUCUUCGAUUCCGAGAACAGAAAGAAAAAGAUCAUGGCCGAGCAGGCUGGCGAACUCGUCAACACCGAGGACGAUUACGUUGCUAAACAAUCGGUUGAUCCUAAAGCGCUCUGCAACCGCUUCUGCAACCAGCUCGGUCUCAACUUCCGGAUCACUACUAUCUCUCAAAAUAUUGCCGAGAGGGCUGAUAAAGUCGGCUCGCUCGCCGGUCGCUCUCCGCUGUCCAUUGCAGCAGCGUGCAUCUACACCGCCUCGCAUCUUAUGGGUCAGCCAAAGUCUCCCAAGGAGAUAUCCGGAGUAGCAGGUGUCAGCGACGGAACUAUUCGUACCGCCUACAAGCUCAUGUAUCCCAUGCGUGAGCAGCUGAUCGACUCCGAAUGGCUCGGUGAGGGCAAGGGUGAUAUCACUGCGUUGCCUGCUGCUUAG